AUGUUUCGUAGAAAGAAAUGUUUUAACACGUUAUUCUACAUUGUUAAAUAUUUUAUAAUUUCGAAUAUAUUCAUAAAGAGCACCAAGAGUUCACAAGUAAUAAAAGGUAGUUUACCUGAUCUACAUACUCUAUUUAGAUUAUUCAAUACAUUCAUAGAACCAGUAAUUAGAUCCUAUCCAGCUGACAAACCAGUUAUAAGAACUAUAGAAACAGAAAUCGAGAAAGUUAUUCGAGAGAAAACAGCUCAAUUACGUUAUUUACUACAAGAUAAUGACGUUAAGAAUCUCGAAAAUAAACUUUUCUUGGAAGAUAAAGAUGAAACGACAAUCAUAGAAUUCUUACCCAAAACAGAUGAAAGAAAUAAAGAUAGAGAUGACGUAUUUAAAACGCAUCUUAAGAAAUAUAAAAAGAUACGUGAGAAAAUAAACAGGGCUCUAAUAAAGGAAUCAGUUUCCGACAAAACACAAAAGCUCGUCGUUAGAACUUUAGACGAUUUAAUACGAAAUCUAGUUGGGAGUCAGUGUAAAUGGAAACGAAACCUUCGGGCUGACGGGUAUGAAGAGCCGGCUGUGAUAGCUGACAGGUGGAAUCAAGGAUUGCGUAAACUUAGAAGACUUCUUAUCAAUUUAUUUAAAAAUGAUUUCAGACGAAACGAUGACGUUCCUGUAUUUCUAGACAAUUUACAAAUGUUGUUCAAUACUGUUACAAAGGAUGUCGAUACAGUAUCGAAACGAUACAAAAUCCAAUGCGAAUUUGUACCAAAAUCUCGGUCGUAUUCUUUAAAACACGGUGCGAAUGGUUCCAAUAGUUUGAGAAACAGCUGGGAUAAGACAGACGAUGAAGAUAGGUGUCAAAAUGUUGUAGUAUGUUCAAAUGAGUUAAAAGAAUUCAUGCAAAAAUUAUACUUAGCUCUUAACGAUACAUCUAUCAGCGUAAUUAGGAAUUAUGCUGAAAUGUACUCUAGGGAUGUAACCGGCGACAAUGAAAACGAUAAAGACACUGUUAUUGUAACACUAAACACAUUAAGUGGUAAAACUAUAGGUAAUAUUAAAGAUAUAUUCGUGAAAGAAACAAAAAUGUUUACACUUGACAAAGGAAAAAAUAAAGAGGCCAAUAUUGACGCUUUAACGAAUUAUGUAAAAAAUACAGUAGAGCAUGUUAAGGAGAAUAUUAAAAGUAACUUAAAUUCCGAUAUAGUUACACUCGGAGAGAAAAUUAAAACAGUUAUAAGGGACGACAUAAACGUAAACUUGGUCGUUGAUUUGGGUAACUUAGAAAGGGAAUUUGUUUCGAAAAUUUGUAGUAUUUUUCGAUUCUGUAACGGCAAAUACAGCGGCAGACGUUUCUUGUCUCAAAAUAAAAACAGCUUAUACGUCCAAGUACAACUAACUAUGGAUGACGUGAUGGCAGAUAAUAAUCAUUUCAGAUCAAUUAUUAAUAAGAAAAAUAUUCAAAAUACCACAAUUCAUCAAAAUGCGUUCGCAAACGUAACUAGGACUACGUAUAUUUAAA